AUGCCCGUCUUUCGUGGUGUUGCAGAUUGGACGGUGGCGGUCUGGACGCUAGGAGCUAUUGUAGCUCUCUCGUUAUGGAUUCCUCCAGUUGAGGGGAUGAGAGGGGGACAGAUUAGGGAGUUGAGAAAAGAAACAGAACAAAUGUUCUACCACGGUUACGAGAAUUACAUGAAGCAUGCGUUUCCUGAAGAUGAAUUGAAACCAGUCUCUUGUGGCCCGUUAACUCGCGAUCGUGGAAAUCCUGCUCAUGUUGACCUUAAUGAUGUUCUGGGGAAUUAUUCCCUGACUCUAGUCGACAGCUUGUCUACCCUGGCAAUUCUGUCGUCCUCUCCACCAUCUUCUUCGUCCGAUUCGGUUUCAGAUUUGGAAGCCUCGCGCAAGGCAUGGAGAUAUUUUCAGGACGGAGUGCGGGAUUUGGUUGAGUUGUAUGGAGACGGUUCAGAUGGGCCUGCUGGUAGGGGCUCAAAGGGAAAAGGGUUCGAUUCAGACAGCAAGGUCCAGGUUUUUGAAACCGUGAUUCGGGGGCUAGGCGGCCUGUUGAGCGCGCAUCUUUUCGCAGUAGGGGAAUUACCCAUCCGUGGGUACGAGCCCCCGGAAGACGAAGCCUCCUACGCGAAGCUAUGGGAUAAAAGCGGACAUACGAAAGGCCAGCCUGGUAUCCGCUGGGAAAAUGGAUUCGUUUAUGACGGACAGCUGCUUCGUCUCGCGAUGGAUCUUGGGACCAGGAUCCUUCCGGCUUUCUACACUGCAACGGGUCUUCCAUAUCCCCGCGUUAACCUGCGACACGGUGUUCCAUUUUACACCAACUCACCUUUGAACGCGGAAGCAACACUAGAAUCCUCUGACCCUAUGGGAAAUGCUCAGGGCAAACGGCAAGGGAAGUCUACCGGGAAACCUGAGGUCACAGAGACGUGCAGCGCAGGUGCUGGGAGUUUGGUUCUGGAAUGUACAGUUCUUAGUAGGCUUACUGGCGACGGUCGUUUCGAGGAACUUGCGAAAAGGGCAUUUUGGGCUGUCUGGUCCCGUCGUACUGAUAUUGGCUUGAUUGGAGCCGGCAUUGAUGCUGAAUCGGGGAAAUGGGUGACCUCAUAUACUGGAAUUGGCGCUGGAAUUGACAGCUUUUUCGAAUAUGCAUUGAAGUCUCACAUUCUGUUAUCUGAGGGUGAUCGCCCGUCGUUUAAUAUAUCCAGCCCGUUUCAUAAGCUGGAUGAUUAUUACGCACCUCUCAGUGAGAAAGAGCAUUCUCCCGAUGCGUUCCUCAAUGCGUGGCAAGAAUCUCAGUCAUCCAUUAAACACCAUUUAUAUCGUGGUUCCGGUUACCAAUAUCCUCAUUAUGUCCAAGGCGAUAUCAUCACCGGAGCUACACGCGCCUUUUGGAUCGAUAGCUUAAGUGCAUAUUUUCCGGGGCUUUUGACUUUGUCUGGGGAUGUGGAUGAAGCUAUCGAAGCCCAUCUGUUACAUGCUGCCGUUUGGACUCGAUUUUCUGCAUUUCCAGAGCGAUGGAAUGUUGCUACAGGAAACAUCGAAAAUGGGAUUGGAUGGUGGGGUGGUCGUCCCGAGUUUAUCGAAUCGACUUACUACUUGUACAGGGCCACCAAGGAUCCAUGGUAUCUCUAUGUUGGAGAAAUGGCCUUGCGGGAUAUCAAACGAAGAUGCUGGACCAGGUGUGGCUGGGCUGGCCUUCAAGAUGUUCGAACGGGACAGUUAAGUGAUAGGAUGGAGAGCUUCUUCCUUGGAGAAACUACCAAAUAUCUGUUCCUACUUUUUAAUCCUUCUCAUCCUCUAAAUGACCUUGAUGCUCCGUUUGUUUUCAGCACCGAAGGUCACCCCCUUAUCAUACCGAAGUCAACGAGGAAAUCGACUAGGAAACCGACUAAGCUAGUAAAAGCCCCGGCCAGUGAUACACAACGGAACGCAAGCCGAGAAACCUGUUCGGUGCCUGCUUUAUCUCUGCCGUUUGGUGCAUCCUCUGUUGUUUCGCGACCCGAUGUUUUUCACGCCGCGAGCCUCGCUAGACUACAUCUUAUGCCCUCACGACCGAAAGUUGAUUCCCCGAUCGUUGAAUAUGUUGUUGAUCAUCCAAGCAUCUCAAUGUCUGAUUUAAUCUCACCCUCAAACUACACGUACUUCCCGUGGACUUUACCGCUGGAGGUCAUCCCACCAGGUGCAACGAGUGCACCGAUGGCUGUCAGGCCAACUCUUGACCUUACGUUCCCGCUGCUGGGCAACACGAUUUUUACCCCUGGAUCUCUAGAAAGAGUUCAAGAUGGGAUCCUUGUGAAAUCUAUUGGCGGGCUUCGACUGGGCAUGAUCCAGGAUGCUCCAUUAUUUAUAAAUGGAUUGCCUGCGAGCACAGAAGGCUUUCGAGUCCAGGUUAUUAACAACAUCCCUCUUGGAAAAGAUGAGAAGGUUUACAUCUCGAAAGAGGUAACCGAUAUCCUGAACUCUGAUGAUCCCAACUUCAAACGGGUGCAGGAUUCGACUCUAUUGGACAUCGUCUUGGAUCUUAAACCAGAAAUCGCAGACAAUAGUAAUACAUCAAUUCUUACUGCCGCCAUAAGCCGCCAAGCCCUCAUCAAAGAGUUGGAUGAUCUUCACAUCCCCUUGGACGCAUCCAAUAUGAAACUAGCCUUCGCCUCUUUCAUGAAUCAGGUUACUUCCCUUCUUCGCGAUGAUUCCGACUCAUCUACACCAAAACCCUCUGCAAUCCGGCAACCUUCCAUCCGUAUGUGUGUUCCCGCAAUCACCUCCACCGGCAUAGGCUCAACUGCCCUGCCCGAUGUCGAAGAAGCCAUCAUCACGGCAGUAUCUAUGUCAAAAUCCAACAAGGGCAAGAAGUUUCUUAAUCGCCUUCCAUGGUCCUCUAUCUAUCUUGCAGAUGAACUCUGCAACCACCGUCUCCCCUCCUCAGUUCCCAAAACCCAUAAUGUCAUUGUCAUAAAACGCGGUGGAUGUACCUUUUCUGAUAAAUUGAAAAAUAUCCCUUCCUUCCGCCCUUCACGUGUCUCCCUAAAGCUCGUAAUUAUGGUCUCUUAUCCACAACCAGGAGAUCAUCCAUACCCACUCCCCACCUCUUCCUCCCUAUCAUCAGCCUCAGAUAUGGGUCAAAACACCGCAUCUCCCACCAUCAUCAUGGAAUCUGAGGAUCCGCACCUCAUCCGCCCGUUGCUCGACGAAAUACAGACUGUGGUCGGUGGAAUACCACGCCCCAACCCGUUAAGCGUGGUUCUUGUCGGUGGCGGUGACGAGACAUAUAACUACUUUAAACAUGCCGUGGGUGUAGGUCUCCGAAGACGAUAUACGAUCACGUCUCAGGGGAUCCCAAUUGGCAAUUUGAUUGUGAUAUAA